GGUUGUGGGAGCUACCAGCAUAACUUGACGAUGUCUUACAUCGAAGCAGCAGAUAUGAUCGAUGCGGCUAGCGAGGCUCUUGCAUACCUCAAGAAUACCCCGAGGCCAACGGGUAGGGGGAGAGAAGCAGAGUUCAAGUGGGACAGGCUGGCAGGUGCAUGUUGGACAUACCUCGGGAUUCUCAUGGAUCGAGACGUAGGAGGGCCAGUGCCUGCACUGCUAAGUCAAUUUUACUAUGCCCAGUCGAUUGUUGACCAAAUGAAAUUUGGCAUGGAUAACGACGAAACCGAGGAUUAUAGAGACAACGCGCUGUACUGCGAUGCUGAUGGCUUUAAAUAUUACGGGCCUAACGAUAAGGAUCCGUCUAAGCCCGGCGAACCUAUUCGAUUUGUUAGAGACGAGAAGGAUGAAAGGGGGAAUGUUAAGUGGUCUCAGGGGUUUUACUUUUUCAACUUCAUAAAAAUGUGGAUCGAGGGGGUCCAGACACCGACGAACAAUGCCAUAUGUAAGGGGCGCGAUUUGGCAGUUACGGUUCCUGAUAUUGAUGCCAUGAUAUGGUGCAAAAGGGCUUUGAAAACGUUGAAUGUGGUCAUCCCAACGAAAGUCGACGAAGGCUUCCAGCUGGCUGAUGAUGCGUUCGAGACGAUGUCCAAGUACUGGGUACACGAACUGGCCCAUUACUAUGGGCAGGUGGAUGAUGGGCCCUUGGUAGAUGUCCCAGCCGUAGACGAAGACGGUAAGCCCGAGUACGACGCGGACGGUAAGCGGGGGAAAGUAUACCGGCUAGCCCGCCUCGUUAACUUGGUGGCGAAUAUGCCCGAGUUGGCUGCUAACACGGCCGAGGCAUAUGCCUACUUUGCUAUGGCAGUGUAUGUAGAAGCUCUAUAA